CAUAAAAAAAAACCCAGACAUGGGCUACAGUUAUCUUUCUUGUUCCACUUCGGUGGCAGCAUCUUUGCUCUUUGGAAUUUUCAUUUUUUGGCUAUUGCCUCAGUCUGCAUUUUGCACGACAAGGCACUAUACAUUCAAUAUUGUGCAGCAUAAUGUAACGCGAUUAUGCACCACGAAGAGCAUAGUUAGCGUGAAUGGACAUUUUCCUGGCCCUCGUCUUGUUGCAAGAGAAGGUGAUCGAGUGAUCGUUAAGGUGGUUAACCAUGUAUCCAACAAUAUCUCUAUUCAUUGGCAUGGAAUUCGGCAACUUACAAGCGGAUGGGCAGAUGGACCAGCAUAUGUAACACAAUGUCCGAUACAAACUAACCAGAGAUACACGUAUAACUUCACGAUCAUCGGUCAGAGAGGAACUCUGUUCUGGCAUGCUCAUAUUUCAUGGCUCAGAGCAACAGUUUAUGGACCUAUUAUCAUUCUGCCAAGAAAAAAUGAGUCCUAUCCAUUUAAGAAACCUUACAAGGAAAUUCCAAUCAUAUUUGGGGAAUGGUGGAAUGCAGAUCCUGAGGCUGUAAUUAACCAGGCUCUUCAGAUAGGAGGUGGUCCAAAUGUUUCAGAUGCAUAUACCAUUAAUGGUUUCCCAGGGCCCUUGUAUAAUUGUUCCUCUAAAGAUACAUUCAAGCUGAAAGUGAAACCAGGAAAGACUUAUAUGCUACGUCUGAUCAACGCUGCACUGAAUGAUGAAAUGUUCUUCAGCAUUGCCAAUCAUACCCUCACCAUUGUUGAAGCAGACGCUGUUUACACCAAACCAUUUGACACAAAUGUAGUUUUUAUUACCCCUGGCCAAACCACCAAUGUUCUUCUUAGAACAAAGCCGUUUCACCCAAACGCCACCUUCCUAAUGGCGGCUCAGCCAUAUUUCACCGGCCAAGGAACGUUUGACAACUCCACUGUUGCCGGUAUCCUAGAAUAUAAACCCCCCUUAAAUGGUUCUCCGACCAGCAGCGAUAAAAUCAAGCUCUUUAAACCAACUCUACCAAAUAUAACUGCAACAGGUUUUGUUGCUAAUUUCACCAAGAAAUUCCGCAGCUUAGCCAGUGCUCGAUUCCCAGCAAACGUUCCACAAACUGUUGACAAACGUUUUCUGUUUACAGUAGGACUAGGUUCGAGCCCAUGCCCUAAAAACACGACAUGUCAAGGACCUAAUGGCACAAAAUUUGCAGCAUCAGUAAAUAAUGUAUCUUUUGCUCUUCCAACAACAGCACUUCUGCAAUCUCAUUUCUUUGGACAAUCAAACGGUGUUUACACCACAGAUUUUCCAACCAACCCUCUAAAUCCAUUCAACUAUACAGGAACUCCACCAAACAACACUUUAGUAACCACUGCAACAAAGACUGUUGUCUUGCCAUUUAAUUCGAGUGUCGAGGUUGUGCUACAGGACACUAACAUUCUUGGCGCUGAAAAUCACCCCCUUCACCUCCACGGUUACAAUUUCUUCGUCGUUGGUGAAGGGUUUGGCAACUUUGAUCCUAACAAAGACCCUGCCAACUUCAAUCUCAAUGAUCCUGUAGAGAGGAACACGGUUGGUGUCCCGGCUGGUGGAUGGAUUGCUUUUAGAUUCUUCGCAGAUAACCCUGGAGUAUGGUUCAUGCAUUGCCAUUUUGAUGUGCACACAAGCUGGGGACUGAGGAUGGCUUGGAUCGUGUUAGAUGGGCUAUUACCGAGUCAAAAGUUACCUCCUCCACCUUCAGAUCUUCCAAAAUGUUGAACAAGAGCAGAGGUUCAACGGCUCGCUUGCAAUUUCUUGAGUGUUUUUAUCUCCUUUUUCGUUCCGGCUAAUUAAGUUAAUGUGUUAUUCUUUUCUGUUACCUUGAAACAGUGAGAACUGUCAACAAUGUUCUUCACUUAUUUGACAAAUUUAUUCCCCAUCAAGACUUUCGCCACUUCUCUUAAA